GUGCAGCCCUAAGUUUUACAAUUAAUAUAUAUUCACACCUAUCUAAUAUAUUUUAUUCCCAAAAAAUAUGCCCAAGGAACAGUUUCGUGCCUCGGCGUUGAACAAAAAAAUUUCACAUGUCCAGUUUGGAAUCAGUGGCGCCGAUGAGAUUCAGCAGGAAUCGCUGGUGAGGAUCACUUCAAAAAACCUAUAUCAGGGACAGCGACAACCGGUGCCUUCUGGCGUUCUGGAUCGCCGAAUGGGCAUUAGCACAAAAGAUGCUAUAUGUGAAACAUGUGGUCAUGGUCUGAAUGAGUGCAUCGGACAUUUUGGCUAUCUAGACUUAGCGCUCCCCGUUUUCCACAUAGGCCACUUCCGUGCCACAAUUAAUAUUCUACAGAUGAUAUGCAAGUCGUGUGCCCAAGUGAUGCUUAAGUUAGAGGACCGACUCUUAUUUGAGAAAAAACUACAUAACCCAAAUUUCUCAUAUCUGGGAAAAAAGGCUUUGCAUGCGCAGAUGUUGGCCAAAGCCAAGAAAGUCACAAAAUGCCCACACUGUGGAACGGCGAAUGGUGGCGUAAAGAAGGGUCCCGGGCUUCUGAAAAUUCUGUAUGAUCCAUACAAAGGGCGCAAGGUAGAUUCUCUUUUUACAAGCAACAUGGAUGAAAUGCUUCGCUCGACAGAGUUUAAUCGCGACCUUAAUCUUACGCUCAGCAAUUACAGCACGGCUGAGGAGCUCACUCCAUUAAUGGUGCUAGACCUUUUUGAACAGAUCCCACAGAGUGAUGUAGCCUUAUUAGGAAUGUGCUCUCGCGGUGCCCAUCCAAAGCAUCUAAUUGUGACGCGUGUAUUUGUGCCUCCUGCCUGCAUUCGUCCAUCGGUAUUAUCAGAAGUAAAGGCCGGCACUACAGAAGAUGAUUUGACUAUGAAACAGAGCGAGAUCUUGCUAAUUAAUGAUGUGAUCCAGCGUCACAUGGCUACCGGUGGAAAAAUAGAGCUUAUAUAUGAAGACUGGGACUUUUUGCAACUGCAUGUGGCACUUUACUUCCAUAGCGAGAUCAGUGGAAUACCAAUAAACAUGGCACCAAAGAAAACUACACGGGGCAUUGUUCAGCGUUUGAAAGGAAAACAGGGACGAUUCCGAUGCAACCUAUCUGGCAAACGUGUAGACUUCAGCGGCCGUACCGUCAUUUCGCCGGACCCCAACUUGAUGAUAAAUCAGGUUGGAGUGCCAGUGCGUGUGGCUAAGAUUCUUACAUACCCGGAACGUGUAAAUCUCGCAAACAUUCGUCACAUGAAGCAACUGGUACGCAAUGGGCCUUGCACGCACCCUGGGGCCAACUACGUUCAGCAGCGGGGCUCAAGUUUCAAAAAGUACCUGGCAUAUGGCAAUCGUGAAAAGGUUGCGCAGGAGCUUAAAUGUGGGGAUAUUGUAGAGCGGCAUCUUUGCGAUAACGAUAUCGUUCUAUUUAAUCGCCAGCCAUCGCUCCACAAAAUGUCAAUUAUGUGUCAUCGUGCCAAAGUACAACCGCAACGAACAUUUCGCUUUAAUGAGUGCACCUGUACACCAUACAACGCAGACUUCGACGGUGAUGAGAUGAAUCUCCACUUGCCACAGACGGAGGAAGCCAGAGCCGAGGCGUUAAUUCUUAUGGGCAAUCAGUCAAACUUGGUUACGCCCAAAAAUGGCGAGAUUUUGAUUGCGGCCACGCAGGACUUUAUAACCGGUGGAUAUCUGCUUACACAAAAAGAGGUUUUUCUCACCAAAGAAGAAGCCAUGCAGUUAGCUGCAUGCUUUUUAGCCAACGAGGACUCUACCAUGAACAUUCAGAUACCGACUCCUGCUCUUCUUAAACCACGACGACUCUGGACGGGAAAACAAAUAUUCAGUUUGCUCAUUCGCCCAAACAGUGACUCGCAUAUUCGCCUCAAUAUGGUGAACAAGGGCCGAAACUAUACAAAAAACAUGGAUCUAUGUAACAAUGACUCUUGGAUUCACAUCCGAAAUUCUGAGCUGAUGUGUGGUGUAAUGGAUAAGGCAACAAUGGGCUCGGGUACAAAGCAAUGCAUCUUUUACUUACUACUGAGGGACUUUGGUGAGGCUCACGCUACCAAGGCAAUGUGGCGAUUGGCGAGGAUCACCUCUUACUUCAUACAGAACCUUGGGUUCUCCUUCGGCAUCAGUGAUGUGACGCCUAGCCAAAAACUUCUGCACCACAAGGAGGUGUUGUUGGAGCGCGGCUACGCAAAGUGCAACGAAUAUAUAGAAAAUUUAAAAUCCGGAACACUACAGUGCCAACCUGGAUGUACGCCCAAGGAGACCUUGGAAUCGGUAAUGUUGCGUGAGCUAUCCGGCAUUCGCGAGCAAGCAGCCAAAACUUGUUUCGCCGAGCUGCACACCACCAAUAGCGCUCUUAUAAUGGCUCUGAGUGGCUCCAAAGGCUCAAACAUCAAUAUUUCUCAGAUGAUCGCUUGCGUAGGACAGCAAGCUAUUAGUGGUAAACGAGUUCCUAACGGUUUUGAGAAUCGCGCUUUGCCCCACUUUGACAGGCACUCUGCUAUUCCCGCGGCUAGGGGCUUCGUUCAGAACAGCUUCUAUUCGGGCCUAACACCUACGGAGUUUUUUUUUCACACUAUGGCCGGACGCGAAGGUUUGGUUGACACGGCGGUGAAAACUGCAGAGACAGGAUAUCUGCAAAGGCGUUUGGUCAAGUGCCUUGAGGAUCUGGUAGUGCACUACGAUGGCACUGUUCGCAAUGCUGUCAGUGAGAUGGUAGAUACCAUAUAUGGUGGUGAUGGCCUUGACCCUGUUUCAAUGGAAACCCGAAACAAGCCAGUCGAUUUAAUUCAUCAAUACAACAAUCUGCGGGCACAAAUACCGCAUCGCGUGCAACACGCUCUACCGGCCGCCGAGAUUCCUGUCGUUUUAGAAUCGCUUUUGAAGAAUUCAGAGUUUACUGACGCUCGCGACGAUUUUAAGAUGGAUAUCAAGAAGCACCUAAGUACUGCGUCUAAGCGCAUUGGAAGGCUGCAACAACAGUAUAAAGAAUAUGGAAAUCUUUGUCAUCAGAUCGAAUGCAUCACUUCCGAACAGUUGCUGGAAUUCUUACGUCGAAUUAAUGAUAGAUAUAAUCGCGCCGUAAGCGAACCCGGUACAGCAGUAGGAGCAAUUGCUGCCCAGAGCAUUGGAGAACCGGGCACCCAAAUGACGCUAAAGACUUUUCAUUUUGCUGGUGUAGCUUCAAUGAACAUUACUCAGGGUGUGCCUCGUAUUGUGGAGAUAAUCAAUGCAACAAAAACUAUUUCUACGCCGAUAAUAACUGCUGAGCUUCAAGAAAACAAUAGCAUGGAAUAUGCGAGACAGGUGAAGUCUCGCAUUGAGAAAACCACGUUGGGCGAGCUGUCUUCUUUUGUCGAGGUCGUGUGUGGACCUUAUAGUUGUCACUUAGCCAUGGGAAUUGACAUGUCGCGCAUCAAGGUGCUAGGACUUCAUAUCAACCUAGAGACUAUUGUGGCUUGUAUACUCAAGUCGCGAAUGCGACUAAAGCCUGCACAAGUGGAGAUUGCCGCCCGGACAUCGCGUAUUAUUGUUCGUGUUGAAGCUUCGCGAACCUCAACAAUAAACGCAGAGCUAGCGCGAUUGGCGCUCUGCCUCCAAAACGUUGUUGUUGCGGGCCUGCCAAACAUUGCGCGUGCCGUCAUUGCAGUAGAUGAUACUCGACAGCCGGCCACAUAUAAACUUUGUAUUGAAGGCUAUGGGCUUCGCGAGGUCAUUUCUACUUACGGCGUAGUCGGCGAACGCACUCGUAGUAACAAUAUCUGUGAAAUAUUCCAGACCCUUGGCAUUGAAGCAGCACGGACCAUUAUCAUGAGCGAGAUAACGGAAGUUAUGGAGGGGCAUGGUAUGAGUGUCGACUGGCGGCACAUUAUGCUUUUAGCCAGCCAAAUGACAGCCCGCGGUGAGGUAUUGGGUAUCACGCGACACGGUCUUGCUAAAAUGCGAGAAAGCGUUUUCAAUUUGGCGUCGUUUGAAAAGACUGCAGAUCACUUGUUUGAUGCAGCUUAUUACGGCCAAACGGACACUAUUAACGGAGUAUCGGAGCGGAUUAUACUUGGUAUGCCGGCGGGCAUUGGUACAGGUAUCUUUAAGCUACUACAUCAUCACGAAGACAAGCAAAUUCCAAUUAUUGACCAAACAAUUUGCAUUGGUUUGGAUCUUCUACCGUUCACGUAGGAGACACACUUUUUUAAACAUAUAUUAAAUCAUAUUUUUGAAAGAUCCUUAAUAAAUGCCCAUGCUGUCAUUUAUUGUUGGACGGAA